UCCUCCCUCCAAACCUACUAUGUUAGUCUUUCUGACUUGUCUCACAUGGCAUGACUCACCUGCAAUCAACCAAAACAAAACCCACUCUUCACUUCUCUUCUCAUUCUCUCCCUUCCAUGGAACCCUUCAACUUCCUCAAAUACUGGAAAGGUGCUGCCAAUGCCACCCCAAACGACCCUUUCUUCGACUUGGAGUUGGCCUUGACCGACGAAGACGAUUCCCAAGACGACACCAAUGCAACUCAAAACGACGUCGACCACGACGACGACCAACAUCAUAGCCACCAAUCAGAACCAGAUUCCGACUCCGACUCCGACUCAGACUCAGAGAAAGAGUUCAACUUCACGCUUUCUCCUUCCGCUUCCUCCGACCACCCUACCAUUUCCCUCUCUCCCUCUCACCAUCUCCUCUUCAACGGAGACAUUCUUCUCAACUCCCAACCCAACUCCAAGCCUCACUUCACUGCCUCCUUCUUUAAAUCCGCCACCAAGCUCCGCGUCUUCAUGCUGGGCCUCAAGAAGCCCAAGCCCAACGCCGGCGACAAACAGCCCAACACCCACCCCAAGAAGCCGCGCCACAGAAAGCUUUUCACCGUCAACUUCAAGGUCGAAGAGGUUCCCAUCGUCUCCUUCUUCACCAGAGAUAACAGCUCCAGAGCCAAACCCUCCAACACUCAAAACGCAGAGGAAACGGAACCCUCACACUCCCAGAUUGAAGACAAGCGCUCAAUGCCCAAGUAUUUGAAGAUGGUCAAGCCUCUCUACGUCAGAGUUUCUAAAAGGUACGCCGAAAAGCUCAGGUUUUCCGACCAGGUCGACGCCACUUCGCCGGACUCUGCGCCCCCGUGCUCUACCGCGCCGGAGAAAUCUCCCACGGAGGCCGAGGGUUCUCCGACGGAGGGAGCCGCCCCCGCCAACGUGAAGGGGCAGAAACAGGGGAAUGUUCCUCUGCCUGCUGGCCUGCGCAAGCAUCUAGGCAAAGGUCGUGCGCCGCCGCCGCCGUUUGAGUCUUCGAAACGGCGUGAUGAUUCGCUGUUGCAGCAGCAUGAUUGGAUUCAGGGUGCUAUUUUGCAUUGUAAGAGGUCCUUCAAUGCUGCUUCUACUGAAUGCGAGAGUUCUGAGCAGCCACGAUCUGCGAGCGAUCCAUUGGGCGACGUAUCUGGUGAGUUAUCGGAAAAAUGUACGACCGAGAAGUGCCUUUGAGACAUGUUAUAAUGAAUAGCAGGUGGUGUUUUGGGUAGGUUGGGUCGGUUUUCGUAGUAAUUUAUGCAUGCGUAUUUAUGUAUGUAUGUAUAUUGUAAAGGUGUUGUUUCUGAGAGAGUGAAAGAGGAAUGAGAUGUUUUGAUAAAUUGAUGUGUAUGGUACCUAGCACAGGCACCCCUUUUGAAUGAACAGUGUAAUAGAAGUAGGUCUGGUGAAAAAUUAGGUUUACGUGGUGGAAAUAAUGGUUGUGUUGGAUUGGAGGUAGGAGGUUGUUCUCGGGAACCUGGGUGGAUUAAAGAAAAAGAAGAAGGAAGAAAAAUGUGGUUGAAUUAAUAAUGAUUGGUGUGUAGGUAUGAUAAAGUUAAGGGGGAGGAGGGAAAGAUGGGGACAUAAGCAGUGAAAGUGAGAUCUUGUUUUGGGUGAAGGGAAGGAAAGGUGUUGUUGACUGAGACAGAAGUGAGUAAUUAAUGUGUAACACCAAAAAUGAGAGUGAAAGGGACAAGUAAAGAGAUGAGAAGAGGGUGUGGAAGAAGAAGGAUCUUUCUUUGAUUUGAGCGUGCAUGCUAUGCUGUGGCAUGCUCCAACGUAUCUGAUGCCUUUCAGGUAUCGGAAUGGGUGAAGCUCUGUCUCUUCUGGUUUUCGGAAUCAUGUCUGCUUUGGAUUAUCUAACUCAUCAUUCAAUUUACUCCUCCCAAUCACACUCAUAAAUGCCUUUUCUAUUUUAAAUCACAAAUCUUAGCAACACUGUCUAAAAGCUAUCUUGUUA